AUGAAAGGUUUGACGUAUACCAUCGCGGAUAAACUGUACGUCUCUCUCACGAACGAGUGCCAGAAAAACCUCGUCAAGACGUUGAUGGAAACUCGCGGCCCUCAAUUUAAAUUCUCGUUACCAAAGUUGGAGAGAAACCCAUCCGUGGAGGAGGUGUGCGUGGCGAUCGACGCGCACUAUUCGCGCGCGAAAAUCGUCGGCAUGGGGGAAAACGACAGCGGCGUCACCUUCGCCGGCAUCGGCGACCCCUUGACGCGACUCGAUGCGCUCGAACAUAUCGUCCAUAAAAUUCGAGAGAAAAGACACGGGGUUGUUUUACGCGUGAUGACGAACGGUCUGUACGACGUCCAGACGGCACGACGCGCGGCGGAUUUGAAGUUGGAGACGUACACGGUCAGUUUGACGAGUGGAGAACCGGAACAGUGGAAACGGUUGACGCUGCGGGACGACGUCAAUGACGAUGCAGAUUUUUUCUCGCUUUCUGAUUGGUGCGCGUUCGUGGACGCUUUAGCGCAGAGCGGGAGGAAAGUUGAAGUGACGACGCCGGUCGCGCCUGGUGUGGACGUGAAUCUGGCGAGGGAGUUAGCGAUGAGUCUCGGCGCGGUGGAGUUCCGGACGAGAGAGUAUUUCCCGUGA